AUGCGGCAGAAUAUUAUAGACCUGACAACCAGCACAUCUACAUCUUUAAGCGAUAAAAAUGAAUUUAACCCGGACGCACACUUCAGAUGGGACAGCAUCAAAAAGUUUGUGUAUCUGGCUUACGCUUGUUCCUCGUCCAUCUUCAAUUUCGAUAUAUUUUCGCGAGUGGUUGUUGAAAACAUGACGCUUGUGGAAUUUAUACACAGUGCCGUAACAAUAGGAAUGGCCUACAUGUUUAUGGACUUCUUCAUAAAGCAGUACACGAGGAAAUUGGAUACACAUGAAACCUUGAAUCCUUUGCUUAGAGGCGUGUCGUUUGGUAUUCUCUUGCAAACGGCGUUUUGGGCUCUCAUAAAUGCGACAAGUUUGGCUGACUCCCUUCGGUACCUGGUGGUCAGCCUGCCCACAGAACCCAGCUGGAUGUCCUGUCAUCGAGGCGCUGAUCGAUCGUGUAUACCAUCAGAGGAUAUAUUCAUGAGAUGCAAUGCCAAAAACAUGACCAAUAUCAGAACUACAUCAGUGCAUUUUCACUAUGAUCGAAUGUUUGUGAAUUUCGAUCGGAACAGCCUUUCAUCGAGAUUCUUUCUGAUUGCAAUCGUGUGGUUGUCUAAUUUCUUUAUCGCUUCAAUCACGGAUAGUGCUCUAUUAAAGCUUUUCAAAUUUACAUUUCUUUGGGGAACGUUCUCGACGUUAUUUAUAGUGAUUGUCCUUUUGUUUUCAACCUACACGACCACAGCGUUCUACCAGAUAAUGGAUUUAACCGAUGCUAAAAAGAAAUACCCGUCAUCUAUGAACCGGCCGAAUGAGUUGUUCAGCGUUGGACUAAUUGGAGUCUACGACUUUGGUACCAUGUCGCCAUACACAAUGAUCGACACAACGGUUGUUAUAUACGCCAUUGUCGCUACAGCGAUUGCGUUCGCUAGAUCGCUAAUAAUACGAGCGUUGUAUAUAGCGCUUUCAAGCUGCAUCGAGGUCAAAAUCGCGGUCACCCCCCAUUACUUGUUUUUUGUGAUGAUACCCCUCAGCAUCGAGUUCAUGGAAAUACAUAAGAUGUAUGUUUUGUACGUUUAUAUGAACUUGACCGUGGCGUUGGUGCCGGGCUUGGCGAUGAUGACGCUGACGAUAUCAAAGUUGCUUCAUAACGAAUUUCGUUCAGUAAAGUACAUAUACAUCAUCGGAAUAUUAUGCUUCUUCGGUUUCACUUUCUCGCUGCCCUUGACCGUGAUACCAACUAGCAAAUUAAAGGGGUUGAUAAUUGGACACAAACUUUCCGCCUUCUAUUUGGGAGGUUUCAAGGUUCUCAUCGUCAUGUGGGUGUACGGAGUUAAAAAGUUUUCAACUGACAUUCAGUUUUGGUUGGGUUUCAAGCCAACUAUAUAUUGGCGGAGCGUGUGGAUGCUGUUACCCAUUGUAUUUUUCAUACUUAUUAUGAACAAAAUCAAUGAAGUGAGACUUUUAAACGAUGUUCAACAGCAGAUAUCUGCAAUUAUUUGGGUUGCGUUUUCACUGAUUACUGUAGCAAUAUUUCAAAUUAAGACCAUUGCCAGAUACAUAUUACGAAAUAAUUUAAUGGGCAUGUUUAGAAGUAGCCCAAAAUACGGGCCCCUGGAUCCAGACGACCGUAAGAGGAGAAAGAUAUUUGACGAGAGCAUUCUAUAUCGACAGUGCAAACAUGAUUGUAUCGUUAUGUCCGAGAAGUUUGAAUGCAACCAUUUGCCGUUGAUCUUUAAGAAGAAAUCGCCAAGUUCAGAAAGCACGGAGUCGUCCAUCACAAAUAUUUAUGACGCCAGCGCGACGAGAAAAAGAUUUUCAAGUGUCGUGGACCUCGUCGUGGACAACAGGGAAAUAUAAAUUAGAUCACGCUU